AUGACAGGUGUUUCAUAUGAUGUUGAGAAUUAUGAGACAACCUUGACUGCCUUAGGAGAGAUGUUUGAAGCUGCACGGAGCAUCAUGAGUUGGCUUGGAGAUUGUGCAAAGAUUAUAGCUACUGAGAAUGAAGCAGUACAUUGGACCACACCACUUGGGCUCUCUGUUCUACAACCUUACCAGAAAUUAGGAAGGCAUUUGAUUAAGACUUCUCUUCAGAUUUUGACACUCCAACGUGAAACUGACAAGGUUAUGGUUAAGCGGCAGAGAACAGCUUUUCCUCCAAAAUUUGUUCAUUCUCUCAAUGGUUCUCAUAUGAUGAUGACUGCCAUUGCUUGUAAAGAGGCAGGGUUAAGUUUUGCAGGAGUGCAUGAUUCAUACUGGACUCAUGCAUGUGAUGUAGACCAAGUGAACAAGAUUCUAAGAGAAAAGUUUGUUGAACUCUAUGAUGCACCGAUUUUGGAGAAUAAUUCUUCAAUGGCCGGAAGAAAUAAGGGGAUAUGUCAUUCAUGUAGACGGGCAGGAUACAUGUUGCCAGAUUGCCCCGGAAAGAGAAGAUGUCCAAACUGUGGCCAAGGCUAUGUUAAAUGGAUGGAGGUGGAAAAGCAAAGCGAUAACAAAGGGCGUUUGUUCCAUUGUUGUACCCGUGAUAUCUGUCGAUUUUUCGAUUGGAAUAAAUCUCCUCCUGCCGCAGUAUAUCCCUUGCAAGGUGAAGGUCAAUCGAGCGGCGCCUCCAAUGGUAGUGAAAUCGUUGAUGAUUUGUCACGUAUGUUGGAAACGUGUGCUAACAUAGCCAAGAAAAAAGACAUUGAGAUCUCUCUCAACAUCAUAACAAUUCGUAAGGGAAAACGGGAUUCGGAAGAUGUUCUAUGAACUUGGAUUUAAUGGGAUGGUUUAGGAAUAUUUAAUCUUCGGUGUGAUGCGUUAACUAUUGAUUUUGUAAAAAUUUGAAGACAACUUGGAUCCAUGAAUUUCAGUCGGUUUUAAAUUUCCUUUUAUGAGCAUUAUGUUUAGGACAUGUUUUACUAA